UCGCGUAGUCUGGAACAGUCUCGAAGUAGCCUCGCGACUGUAAAGUACGUAACCGCGUUGCUCCGUACUCGAGAGAGAGAGAGAGAGAGAGAGAGAGAGAGAGAGAGAGAGAGAGAGAGAAAGAGGGGAGACUAAAGAGAGUGACAGAGAGAAAGAGAGAUAGAGAAGGGGAGUUCGCCGGCAUCGUCGAUCCUGCGAAGCAGCUCCGGAGCCGCUUCCCUUCGCCGUUGUGUCACGUGCGGUCAGCUGCGGUCUUCCACGUGCGGGGUGCGAUCCCGGUGUCUACUUGGUGGCCGCUGUGGAGGAGGGAUUUGGCGGCCGAGCGAGCGGACGUCAGGAAGCGCCGGUGUUUCCGAGCGAUAGAUUUUCGAAGAAGGAAGCCUCAAGAGUGAUUCUUGCCGUCCAAAGCCAUUCUUGCCAUCCAAAGCGUUGACGCCAUGGCGAGGCAACAGACCGUGGAUCGAAACAUCCCCCAUCUGAGGGACAUCUUCGGAUUCGGCAGCAAGUGGGACAACACACGCGGCCAAGCGGAGGAGAAGGCGCCCGGGCACGACAGCGCCGUAUCGAUGGGCUCCACGUCGGGCGAGGAGGAGAGCCCGAAGAACAGUAAGAAGAAGAAAUCGCGCCGCCGCGACAACAGCAAGACCCUGACGGAGAGCGACGUGAAGCACCUGGAGCGGCACUUGUCGAUGAAAAAGACCAUACGCAAGAAGAUCAUGCGCGAUUUGCAGCAGGCUUUCGUCGAGGACCCGAACGAGUUCCGCGUGGAUGAUAUCCCGCCGGAACAGCUAAAAGCGGAAAUCAAUAUCCAGAGCCUGAGCUUCGGCACGCCAUCCCAGAAGCAGGGACGCACGCGUGGCAACGCCGAGAGCACGUUCCUCGACAUGCUGCGCGGCGGUGGUCUGGAAAAGAACGGGACGGACGACAGAGACUCGGGACACGGCGGUUCGCCGACCAGAGAGGCGCCGAGCGCCCAAGACACGGACGACGAGUCCAGCUAUGCGUACGAGACGCCGACCGCGACGCCCACGAAGAAGAGCGGCAAUUUCUGGAGACGCUUCACCAUGAAGAGUCGCAAUAAGCGGUAAACGCGUCGACGCGUAUCUAAUAAUCCGCCGAGUAAGAGCCAGCGCAAAGAGAGUACCGACACUUUAUUCUCCGUCUUUUUAAUAAUUUUUACCAACGUAGUUAAUGAAGCAGAGCUUGCAACUGUGAUAUACAUAAAAAACCAAUUCAUCUCCGCCUCCUCCUAGCCUCCCCCAGCCUCCCCCCCCCCCCCCCCCCCCCCCGACCCC